AUGGGAGGAGAGCCCCUCCUCACCUCCCUCUCCAUGGAGAACAGCAACAGCCAUCCCUGCACCCUCCUCUCCAUGGACCCGGCGGGGUCGCACCCGGCCUCAGCUGAGUCAUCCGGCGGUGGCGGCGCCGUCAACGGGGUUGGCGCCAGUGCUGACAGGGAACUCUUCAUCAUUCCGCGGCACGAGUCUGUGCGUCAAGGCCCGCCGGACAUCAACGUCCCGCUGUCAGCAGACCCCUCCCCGCCGCCUGCAUUGUGGAGCCUUGACACGUUCGACAUUUUCGAUGUCGGCCUUGGCACGCACACCCAUGAGUCUGAGGUUGCGCUGACCCUUCCAAAGUCGAGCGGCAACGGCAGUGCCGCAGUCGGCGUCGGCGCGAGGAAGUGCGCCAAGAGGGGGGACAGCAUUUGGGGAGCCUGGUUCUUCUUCAAUCACUACUUCAGGCCUGCACUCGUGGAGAAGGCAAAGGAGAAGGUGACGCGGGACGCGUCUGGGAGCAUCACCGGCUUUGACAAGUCCGAUCUCCGCCUUGAUGUCUUCCUGGUGCAGCAUGACAUGGAGAACCUGUACAUGUGGGUUUUUAAGGACCGGCCUGACAAUGCCCUUGGGAAGAUGCAGCUCCGGAGUUUCAUGAAUGGGCAUUCCAAGCACGGGGAGCCAUCUUUUCUGUUCAGUGCGGACAAGGGCUUUUCGAGGUCACACCGCAUGCAGCGAAAGCACUACCGUGGUCUGUCCAACCCACAGUGCCUUCAUGGGAUUGAGAUUGUGAACUCACCAAACUUGUCGGCAGUUCCUGAGGCUGACAUGAAGAGGUGGGCUGAGCUUACAGGAAGGGAGCUUAAUUUCUCAGUACCAUCUGAAGCGAGUGACUUUGAGUCAUGGAGAAAUCUUCCAAGCACUGAUUUUGAACUUGAUAGGCCACAGCCAGCAGCGUCAAAGACCGUCCCACAUACCUCUCAUAAUAAUAAUCACAAGAAGGCACUGAAUGGUUCAGGUCUGAAUCUAUCUACACCACCGUCAUCAGACGAUGGGAUGGACCUUUCACCAAAGUGCCACAAACGCCGCAAGGACUUCUUUGGUCAUGGCGUAGAAGAGGAUUGUGCAAUGGCCAAUAAUUCCUGUUCAGAGAGGGAGCAAGAGGUUGAAGUACACACCGGUGAGCCGUCAUGGAUGCAUGACUUCACUGGCGUGGCAAAGCACGCAAGUGGGCCUGUUACUGCUGCCAAGACGAUAUACGAGGAUGAUGAAGGCUACCUGAUAAUGGUGAGCAUGCUCUUAUCCGAUCCACACAGCGUGAAGGUCACCUGGAGGAACACGCUGACGCAUGGUGUCGUGAAGAUAACAUGUGUGAGCACCGCCCGCAUGCCCUUCAUCAAGAGGCACGACAGGACCUUCAAGCUGACCGACCCUUCCCCUGAGCACUGCUCUCCCGGCGAGUUUGUGAGGGAGAUACCUCUGGCCACAAGGAUCCCAGAGAACGCCAAGAUCGAAGCGUAUUACGACGAGACCGGCACUGGACUGGAGAUCAUGGUACCGAAGCACCGGGUCGGGCCAGAGGAGCAUGAAGUUCAGGUGCUACAUCACUACAUUGGUGGUGAUCCCCUUGACUAUUCCUUUCUGUGA